AUGGGUCUGGACAUUCCACGUGUAUGGGAAGAGGCCGUUCCUGGUGUGGUGGGCGAGGAUGAUGGUGUGGGCCUCAGCGAGGAGAGGUGGGCACCCCACUCACCACACUCUCACCAUCCAGAUGCCCAGACUCGCGGUGAGAACCAUCAGGAUGAUGAUGAGGCUGAAGACCCAUCUCCAGGAGAUGACGCUGGGCGAGCGGGCACCGGUGAAGCUGCAUCAGAGGAGAGAGGUGAUGCUGGCAGCUUGUGGGCGUCACCGGAAGACUCCGCCCCUCCUGCAGCCACCUCCCGCAUGCUAUUGGCGGGCGAGGAGGCGGCGACGCCCCCCAACACCACCGGUGCCCAAGACCAGCUCACCUGGCGCCUCAAGAACAACAACCUCCUCCACCAACUCACCAAUAAGAUCUUUGGCGGUGGCGGACACUCGGAGAACCUCAAUGGAGGCGGAGACGCGGCUGCUGAAGAAGCAGCAACAGUCGACAACUCUGCCGCCAGCAGCCAGACCGAAGCAGCGUCAAAGCAGCAGUCGGCGAAGUGUAUGUCGGCCAACGAAACCCGGAGACUCCGGCAGCAGCUGCUUCAGGAUCUUGAGACCUCCGUCAGCGCUCCUCUGCCCUCUAGGAUCCGGUACCGACUCAAGAAGAAGCCGUCCAUCCACACGUCCAAGAAGUCUAGCAGUGGCCGCUUUAACACUGGUUUGGGGCCCAAGAACCGCCGUCAUUCGUCUCGUCACAGACCCGCCGCCGGCUACUCCAAGGACUCUUAUAGUUUUGCUGCCAGCAGGAAGUCCCAGCAGCAUGCCUUUUCCAAGUCCCCAGAGUACGUCCCUCUGGAAGCUCUGGCAACCCCAGGCCACUCCGGCGGUAAAGAUGAUGCUGAGGCCAAACCUUACAUCCCACUGAAUAGAAACCACAAAGCCGACAAGUCUAGUCUGGUGUUCCAACCUCCCCAGCGUCCGCCGGGUAGCCAGCGGCGUCGCACUAGUGGUCUUGUACGCCGGAGGACCUCUAACGAACCUCACUACUUCACGCCUGCACCCGAGCGCCUCAGCAUCCAGGCACAUCUGCAGUACCGUCGACCUGUCUCCUUCAAGUACAACAGAGAUGAAGGCACUUCUCAUGGUGGUUCAAGCGGUGACUCCAGGCCGACUCAGAGGCCUCACAGCACUGAGCCUUAUCCUGGCGCCAGACCUCCCUCAACACGCUCAACACCUGUCAUAGCACCAACCCCUCACCAUCAGACCAGCAGCAGUGUACCUCCAACAGGCUACAACAAGGCUUCGCAGGAAUACCUGCCUCCCAACCGUGAGGAUAUUCCUCGUCAUUCCACACCGGCAGAAGCAGCAGACUACAGGAAGCCCUCCGACCAGUACCUACCAACUGAUAAAGAGCAUCUUCACCCAGCAGUUCCCCAUCAGAAACCAAAUCCAGAAUACAAGCCUCCAAUUAAGGAAUAUGCAGACCCUCAUCAGAAGAACCUCCCUCCUAACAAAGGAUAUGCAGCUCCUGAGUCUCCACACAAGGUCGAGAUGGACACGAAACAAUCCCAGAAGCACCUGCCCCCGCGCAUGGAAUAUGGAGCUCCUGAAAGUGUACAUGAACACCCAGCUAAGCCUGAGGCUGAGCCCCCCCAGCAGUACUUGCCAGCCAAUGAAGGACAUGUGGCGCCUAAACCUGACCAUAAACCACCAAGUGCAACUCGCACUGAGCCCCCCCGUAAACACCUCCCACCCACUAGGAAAUAUGGACCUCCUGAAGGUGGACUCAAAGGUAUCGGUCAAACCAACGAGAAAUCUCCAGAAAAUAAUCGACCGAACAAAGGAUAUAUAGCUCCACCUAAGAGACCUCAAUCGCCAGGUAUGUCACCCAAGGCUCCGGAAGGAGGCUAUGUUGUACCAUCAAGGAAUUACCUCCCUCCCAAUAAGGAGAGUGGAUCUCCAGGGAGUAGACGACGCCCAUCACAGCGUCCCCAUACUCAACACCCUAACAAGGGAAGGAGGAAGAAGAUAAGGAAGCGUCCAACUCAGCCCAGCAGAAACUAUCUUCCUCCAAAUAAAGGCGCUGCUGCGCCUGCUCAUCCCACUAAAGCUUCACAGCAGCACAGGACUCCACCUGGAAGAAUAUAUGGACCACCUCCCAAAAAUAACGGUCCACAUAGCCAUUCAGACUCUCUCACGAUGACCACAAUGUCGACAAUUUCUUACACAACGCCGCCGAGAACGUACAUCCCUCCUCAUCGCAACUACCAGACCCUGAGUCCUGCUUAUUCGACAGUUUCACGCCAGACUCCUUCUGUCGAGUACGCUGGGACUCCAUCACCACUUUCAGCGACCUACGAGGCACCUCUGCAGAGUUACCAAACUCCUAACAAGGAAUACCUUCCGCCGAAACACACCACCGCUCUCCCGACCUGGCUGGCAGACCUACAAAAAGGUCAUAGCCCUGCAACACCAGAAGAAAAGAUUAAUGGUUACUCCUCCAGCCGCACUCCUCCUGGCUACCACCCAGACCACUCUACAGGAAAAGAGCAUUUAUCUAGCCCCAAACCUUCUGCUGAUUACGAAGCUAUAUACCACCCCCCCGGAACAACCUACUUUAACCCAAACCCUGAAUAUAAUUCCCCUGAGGUUACAAACCAGCGUCCUCAGCUCUCAUAUAAUGCACCAGAACCUGAGGGCUAUCGUCCCGAAGGCAAGCCGUUGCAUCCCGGGUCGACUCCGGAUCCCGACUCCGUCACACCAGACAGAGAAUACCUUCCCACCAUCGAACUCAAAGGCGAGGCUUACAUUCCCCCGAAGCCUCCAGUGAGAAAUUCCCUGAUAUCCUCAGCCAAAGCAUCGUACAAUCAUCCGCCCCCACCACCGCUGCACGAGCCCAUUGACCCGACCUUCCUGCCGCCAGUCAAAAAGCCAUCGUCCGACUACCUCCCUCCCCAUCAAGACUAUCGUGCCCCUGCUGAUUAUAGGGGCCCUACGACGGCAAAUACAGAACCUCAGACAUAUGUUCCGCCACGCCCAGAGUCGGAACACAAACCCUCAGUUUCUUCUAAGACAGAUUAUAUACCGCCAACCUCUCCAAAGAGAGAUUUCAGUCCCCCAGUCUCCCCUAAGCCUGAUUACGUUCCCCCAGCACCUCCCAAGCCAGAAUACGUUCCUCCAAAUGGUUCAAUCACCGCAGCUGUCCCAUACUACGCCACCACCUAUAAACCGCAUCUUGACCCUGAACGCCAGAAGCUACAGGACUUCAGCCACCCGGGGAGCGGUCGACAACGUCCCUCUCAUCCCCCGGGCCUGGAGGAGACGACCUACGCCCCUCCUGUCUACACCCCGAUGGCUUACAGUCCCGGUUACAACGACCUCCCCGUCAGUAUUAGACCGUCCCUGCAGCAUGCGACCAGCCCGCCGGCGCCACACUAUCUCCAGGACUACUAUGAUGACGACGAUGAAUACGAUGACGACGAUGAAUACGACGACGACGAUGAAUACGACGACGACGAUGAAUACGACGACAGCGAAUACGACGACGAUGAAUACAGCGACGAAGACGACGACCAUUACGACGAUGAUGAUUAUUACGACGACGACGACGACUAUUACGACGACGACGAUGAUUAUUACUAUGAUGACGACGACGAAGACGACUACUAUUACGAGGACUAUGACUACGCCCCGUACCGCACGCCCCUGCGCCGCCCACACCUCCUCCCUCAGCUCGACUACAACAUCGAUGAUAAUGAGAUCCUUGACUUCGGAUAUAUUGCCGGCAUACCUGAAGCGUGUGAGCAUAGUGCUGGAGACGACAGUUUAACACCUGUGUCCUUCCCUCUCCCGCGGGCAGGUCGGGCCGGGCGAGACUACCCGAUCCUCAGCUACAUUCCUCUCACCUCCUUCGGCUGUGACCUCGUCGCCGACUUUCCCGGAUAUUACGCCGACAUGGAGGCCGGCUGCCAGGUGUUCCACAUCUGUCACCGCAGCGGCCGUCAGGACUCUUUCCUCUGCCCCAACGGCACCAUCUUCAACCAGAAGUAUUUCGUGUGUGACUGGUGGUACAACUUCGGCUGCGAGGACGCCCCCUUCUUCUACCCUGUCAAUGCCGCCAUCGGCCACCCGGGGGUCCCACUCCACCGGAACUCCUUCGAGCCGGACCUCAAGGCCGUGCACCGCCUCCCGCCCCUCCACCCCCACCGUGUCACCCCUGGCCCCGUACACUACGUCACGCCCCUCCCCGCCCACUACGCCACGCCCCUCCCCGCCCACUACGCCACGCCCAUCCCAGCGCACCAGAUCACGGCCUUACCACAACCACCACUACACGUGUCAUCCCACCUUCAAGUAACCAUCAGGCCUCGGCUGGGUCCCUUGACUGAUCCUCACCAGUCCCCGCGAGGAUAG